AUGGCUGCUCAAGUUGCAAACGGCGGUAGCGGAAACGCUGCCUUCAAGGACAAGGAGAAGCCCAGAGCUGUUCGCAGCGCCAACAUCAUUGCCGCACGAGCUGUGGCAGAUGCGAUCCGAACUUCUUUGGGACCAAAGGGUAUGGACAAGAUGAUCCAAACCAGCAGAGGCCAAACCAUCAUCACAAACGACGGAGCCACCAUGUUGAACCAGAUGAGCGUCAUGCACCCGUCGGCAAAGAUGCUCGUCGAUCUCGCACACGCCCAGGAUAUCGAGGCUGGAGAUGGUACAACUUCGGUUGUUGUCAUUGCUGGAAGUCUGUUGGGUGCUGCUGAACGGUUACUGGGCAAGGGCAUCCACCCCACCGUCAUCUCAGAGGCUUUCCAGCGCGCCGCUCAAGAGGCGAUAAGGAUAUUGACCGACAUGGCCAUCCCCAUCUCCCUCACCGACAGGCAAACACUCCUCAAGACCGCCACCACCGCCCUUUCCUCCAAGAUCGUCGCCUCCGAGCCCAAGCUGCCCAUCAUGGCUGUAGACUCGGUACUCAAGGUCAUUGACCCCAAGACGGCCGACAACGUGGAUCUGAAGAAUAUCCGAAUGAUUAAGAAGUCGGGUGGCACAAUCGAAGACAGUGAGAUGAUUGAUGGUCUGGUCCUCAACCAGCCAGUAGUCAAGAGCGCUGGUGGCCCUACACUGAAAGAGAAGGCGCGGAUAGGUCUCAUCCAAUUCCAGUUGAGCCCACCGAAACCAGACAUGGAGAACCAGAUUGUUGUCAACGACUACAGGCAAAUGGACAAGAUUCUCAAGGAGGAGCGGACAUAUUUGUUGAACAUGGUCAAGAAGAUCCAGAAAGCAAAGUGCAACGUGCUCUUCAUCCAAAAGUCCAUUCUGCGAGAUGCAGUCAACGACCUCAGUCUGCAUUUCCUGUCCAAACUCAAGAUCCUUGUCAUCAAGGACAUUGAGCGCGACGAGAUUGAGUUCAUCUGCAAGAGCACUGGUUGCAAACCCAUUGCCGACAUUGACUCAUUCACAGAGGACAAGCUCGGUUCCGCAGACCUUGUCGAGGAAGUGCAGGCAUCAGGCGCUCGGUACGUCAAGAUAUCAGGUGUCAAGUCAGUCGUCAACACGGUAUCCAUCGUCUGCCGCGGCGCCAACAACCUCAUUCUCGACGAGACUGAGCGCUCUCUCCACGACGCACACUGCGCCAUCCGUUCGUUAGUCAAGAAGAAGGCACUUCUUGCCGGUGGCGGUGCCCCCGAGAUUGAAAUCGCACAUCAACUGUCGCUCCAAGCUCGUGAGCUAUCUGGUACAGAGUCCAUUUGCUGGAAGGCCUUUGCCGACGCCAUGGAAGUUAUCCCAACGACGCUCGCCGAAAACGCUGGUCUCAACAGCAUCAAGGUUGUUACUGAGCUGAGGCAUAGGCACGCACAGGAGCAGAAGAAUGCGGGUAUUAGCAUCAAGAGCGGGGGUGUCAAGAACGACAUUAGUGAGGAGAACGUCCUGCAGCCACUGCUGGUGAGCACCAGUGCCAUUGAGCUAGCGGCCGAGACGGUCAAGAUGAUUCUGCGAAUCGACGACAUUGCAUUGUCGAGGUAGAGCAAGAAAUAAUUAACUUGCUGGGUCGUCUGAAAUAUGAAUACAGAAAUCUCCCACGAG